GUAACGUUUACGUCGACGCUAACAGGACGGUACCAAUUCGAGGCUUUGUUUGUGCUGGCUGUACCAUGCAAGGUCGCCCAAUUUACAGCUAUAAUGUUCACGCACACAUAGCGAAAACAACGCACCACAAAACCGAAAGUUUGCCGGAGAUCUGCUCCACAAACGUCUUAUUGUUCCCCCGAGAUCAUUUUUUUUGUGCGCCACUGGCGUAUAUACCGAGCGACCCACCGUCCAUCCUCCUCUCCGCCUACCCAACCCUCUCCCCCAUAUCGCCACCAUGCUCAUAACAAACCCCCUCCACUCCCUCCAAAUCACCGCCCUCCAACUCCCCGCCUUCCUCUCCAUCCCCAACACCUCCCUCCACCAUAUCCCCCUCCUCAUCUACCACUCCGCUUUCCCGCCCCAAACAUGCACCGUCGACGAUGUGACGCUGCAUCUCGAAUCUGUCGGCGUCGUGGAACCUGCCUGGGUCUACUCUUUUCCGGACGAUGGGGCCGGCAGGUUUCAUUCAGGCACGCAUGAGGUGCUGGUGAUCAUCUCGGGCAGGGGCCGCAUGUCCUUUGGCGGGCCUGAAUACGCCCCGGACGAGUUGAAGGAGGGUGAAAAAAACCUGGCGAGGACAGAGCUGGUAGUCGCCCAGGGGGAUGUGGUGGUAGUACCAGCGGGCGUCGCGCAUGGACUAGAAGAAAAUCUGGACGGGGAUUUCGAGGUCGUCGGGGCAUACCCGCUAGGCUUGGGUAACUGGGAUUCCCUCACACUCGACUAUGAAAAGGUUGGAGAACAAGGAGGUGAAGAACAAAAAAGCAAGCCGGAUGGUGGCAAACGCAAGUUGAGGACGAGAGAAGAGGUGGAAGAGACGGUUCGGGCGGUGGAAUGGUUUGAGCGGGAUCCGAUAUAUGGUGAUGUUGGGCCGGUGGUGGACGUGAAGAAGAAGAUGGAGGAUCAAAUGGUUCUGGGGGAAGAUGAAUAAGGCUUUGGGCCCAAGUGUGGCAACAUUCGGCUACCCGCACGCAUAAUAAACCUGUAUCGUUAGAUGUGUCUAGACGACUGUAUAAAUAGUCAGAGAGUGGUCAUAUAGUCGAGGGCGUCUGGUUGAGACUGGAGCUACCACGCGGCACUCCACUACCAUCGCCUUUAUAGACAUGUAUCCCAAUAGAGCACAAGGUCGACACGGCUUUGAACGUGAUAUGGUG